AUGCAUAUGGAUCCACUUAUAAAUACAGCCUGCAGAACAUCCACAGUGAUGAACCCUGUUAACACAUUCCCUACAGACCUCACAGACCUCAUUGAUAUGAAGCCAUCAGGCAGCCUUCUUCUUUUGGUUAGCAUGGUCUAUUUGUUUCUCUUUGCUGAAGCUGUGAGCCAAGGAGGCUCUCAGGCUUUUUGCAGCAACUAUGAGAAAACAGCUACAGAUGGAAAACCUUGUCCCAUGAGCCAAAAACCAGUGUGUGGUACCGAUGGACGAACUUACAACAAUCAUUGUGAAUUCUGCAAAGCAGCUCUGGAAAGAAACGGAAAGCUUGGUUUCAAGCAUGAUGGGAAAUGUUGA